GUAAAAAAUAGAAGAGAAGUAAUUUAAUUAGCAAUUCUUUUUUAUUGGAAAAACGUUGCCAUUGUACCUAGGUAUACAAUACUUGUUGUAGGAAAAAACUAGUCUGUCAGUUUCAUAUGUCAGCCAUCUGUCAGAGUUGAAGUAAUUUCGGUUCGGACUGAUAUAUCGUAUUUUCGAUUGAAUUUAUAAUUGUAAUGACUGUAAUUUAAACAACAGUGAAUUUAAAACACAAAAAUCAGUUAAUUUUUUUAACAUUACUUUAAAGCCGCCUUUAUUAAUCUUAUCGCCGAAGCCAGAUAUCUUGAAAACAUGAAAGCUACACUGAUAUUCGACAGUGUAAACAAUCUGUUGUUUUCAAAAUGGGAUGAUUCUUUUUUGCAACGUAUGAAAUCUCUAAAUGAAGAGAGUUCAGAUGGGAAUAUUACUGACAGUUAUAAUGUAGCUCAAUUGUUAUCACCUAUAAUAACAUCACAGCGCAUAAUGGCUGCGCAAUUUGGAAAUACAUAUUCCUCUAUGCAGUGUAAGGAUGAUACUGUUAUUGUCUUCGAUGAGUUCCUUGAUCAUGUAUUCAUGAUUAUUACUAAAGAUGAUAUAGAUGAUGCUCAAAGAGAGCUAUUAGAUUGCAAAACAUUGGUACAGCAUAUAUGCGGACAAAAUAUAGAUUUGUUACAUUCCCCUGUUUACCAAGGUUGGUUGUCAGUGUUACUGGAUAGCCGUACCAAGGGUGACUCCAUACCUGGUGCCAGCGGUGUUAUUGGUGAGAGUGGAGCCACAGCAUCUGCAUUAAAUGCUCUCAAAUCUAUCUCGAAGGAGAUCAAAUGCGCCUCAUACCAACAUUUUCACCUGCUAUUGUUUGUUGGUGAUAAAAUGCUUGCAUUGUAUUCAAGCCGAGGAAGUGAGGAUCUGAUGCCACCUGAUCUCAUUCUGCUCAGUAUUCAAUGUAUUGCUGCGCAGGAGCAUUGGAGGAAUGCAAACAAAUCUAAUGCUGAUAUUGCAUCUAAUUCUUGGCUACCAUGGUUGUCAGAAGAGAACAGUGGGAUAGUGAAUCUGUGCGCGGGCGCGGCCGUGGCGCCGUGCGCGCCGCACUCGCUGCACGUGGCCGAGCUGGCGCCGCGCAUCGUGCUGCUCGUGCUUGUCGAUAUGGAGAUGAGGGACAUAGGCAUCGCGGCUCACAUGUCCAGCCAGAUACUGUCGAAUCUGGAAAGACUGUUACUGCAAAGAAACUUGGAAAUGCUGCCCAGUACAUUAGAUAACCUGGAAGCUGCAGUUAAAAAGACUACAGAUGCUCUACGUAAAAACAAAUCAAACGCCAACCUCUGUGCGAGACUCACCAGCCGUAUGCUAGAGCUCCGUAAGUCGUGUACCACGACCACGCCGCUCACGCCCGAGACCACGGCCACGGCCAUGAGGACCGCGCUCGACGCCCUGCUGGACCACCUCAGACCAGACAUACCCAGCCUCAAGAUGGACCAGCCGCUGAAAGACCUCACCAAUACACUGGCGCCCUACAUCGACUUUCUACGCGUCAAAGCGAUGCGAUACUUUAGCUUGGGAUCGGGCGAGACGGACGCGAGUUCCCUAACGCUGCACAAGUACCUGUCAGAGUUCCCUGGACUCGUGCACUUCGUAUGGGACAUUGUUUUUGACUAA